GGUUUGCUACUAAACGCUGCGUUGCUAUGGAAACUGGCGUAAACAACUGCAGACGACGCGUCAGCUGAUUUUUGAGUCCUGCCGCAUUUCCAGCACCGGAAAAAUUGUGAUGGGAAUCUAAUAGCCUGUGAAAUGAGCUGAGUCGACGUGGCUUGCUUGAUGAUGCGACGUUGUGAUUAGAUUGUCGGUCUAAUCUUUUGAUGUGGUCUAAUCUUUUGAUGUGAGCGAUAUGUGUCAACGCUGUUAAACUUCAAAUGCAUGUUAAUGAACAGAGCGUUCUCUACUUUAAUAUAAAGGAUAUUCAUAUUCAAACCCAAGCUUCAUUUUAACAGUAACGCGAUAUAUAAUUAUCCACUAGUAAGACCUUAAAAUGCCCAAUACAAUCCAUCAUUCCCAGGCUUUUAAUUGAAUUUCUGGUGAAUGAACAGCAAUUCGUUUUCACAAUACCACUUAGAGUUCGCGUCACGUACACCGCUCAGUAGAGCUCUACGAAAACCAUAUUUCAGAAAUGGGAAAGAUCACGGUCGAGCUCGUCCGAAAGCGUGCAGAACACAACGAAGGCGAGCUGUCCACGCUGGAAGAGAUCUCUCUACACCAGCAAGACAUCGAGAAAAUCGAACACCUCCAUCGCUGGUGCCCGCGUCUCCGGAUCCUCUACUUACAAGGGAACCUCAUUUCUAAGAUCGAGAACGUAGGUCGUCUUCGCGAGUUGGAGUACCUGAAUCUCGCCCUUAACAACAUCGAAGUCAUUGAGGGUCUUGAAAGGUGCGAAUCCCUUAGGAAACUCGACCUUACUGCCAAUUUCGUGUCUGAAUUGACUUCGAUACUCUCCCUUCAGGAUCUUCCUAAUCUGAAGGAGCUCUUCCUCACUGGAAACCCUUGCACGGGCUACCACGGCUACCGACCGUGGGUGAUCUGCGCUCUGCCGGGGCUCGAAGACCUGGACGGACAGCCGGUAACGAGGUCACAGCGUAUUAGGGCUCUGAGGCAGUUCACGGAGGCUCAGACUACCGUUCUCGCCGACCAGCAGGAGGAGCUUGCGAAGCGAGCGAGAGAAAAGGAGAAAUAUUUGAGCGAAAAUAACGGAGAUGAAAACGAAAGCAGAAACAUCGAACAAAGUGAUGAAGAGUGGUGGGCGGGCCGCAGCGACCACACCCCCGAGGCGCGUCUAGCCAUGCACAGGGAGAUGCAGCGGAGGAGACAGAGAGAUGAAACACAGACCAGUGAGGAGGAUGCUAAGAAGAAGCGUCUCCCCCGCCUCUUCGCCUCGGACGGGCGUCCCCUCAACGCCAACGCCGCGAAGGUCCCGUUCGACUUCAGGGAGGACGAGCAACGCAACGCCUUCGUCCUCGAGGUUCACACGUACAACUAGCGCCGCCCACCUCCGCCGGCCGCCCGCGGGAGGAGGCGCUGCCGCUCGUCCGCCCGCUCACGGCACCUGCGCGCACCUGCGGGAAAACGGACGCAGGCGGCGACGGGGACAGAAGCGCCUCCACCUUCCUCGAGAUCUCGGAGGGCGCAGCAAAGGCUCCCGACUACAGGAACAUCGUCGACGACCCUCAAGCCCCCUCAAGCCGAAGCUCCGCCCCUUCAUGCGCGCGCAGUCCCCUUGGCUCCGCCCCCUCCUCCUUCGCCGCCUCCAGGAGCCUUCAGGAAAGACCGAAUUCUCCGGGUUUUGUGGAUGAUCCGGAUGUGCCGCCUCUAGAAUGAGGGAGAUAGGGAAAAUAGUGAUAAGAAGCGAACUAAGAAUGGUGAUGAUAAUGGGUGUGAAUGGGAUGAGAGGGGAGAAGAAUGAGGGGAAGAAGGUGAAGAAGGGAAAGAGGAG